UUCACAGCACCAGUAGUUGUGUGACGCUAGUCAAGGGGAUACUCAAAAGCUUUUCUAAUCAUUUACCAAACAGCAUUUUACUCAAAGAGCUCUCUUUUCCUAGUUUAAAGACACCCGGUGUACCAGAGAGUGACACGGACGCUCAAAACAAAGUAAGAAGGACGCCCAAAGUGCGUGUUUGAUGGCGGCUGGGGAUGGAGCCCAGCUGCCGGCCACAGUAGCGGCCAGUCGGAGUGUGGAGAAAGCCCUAGAGGACGCCGCCGCGAGCGGGGCUCUCAACUUGGCCAACCGAAAGCUAAAGGAAUUCCCUCGGAGCGCCAGGAACUACGACCUGUCCGACAUUACGCACGCAGAUCUGUCGAAGAAUCGUCUGUGUGAGCUACCAGAAGAGCUUGGUCAGUUCAUCUCGUUGGAAACACUGAGUCUUUACCACAAUGGCAUGCGUUCACUGUCCUCCUGCCUGGGCAACCUCCAGGCUCUCACCUACCUCAAUCUCAGCCGAAAUCUUCUGUCCAGUUUGUCCCCGUCAGUAUUUGAGCUUCCUCUCCUGCGAGUGCUCAUCAUCAGCAACAACAAGCUAUCUUCACUGCCCACCUCCAUAUUCUCCCUCGCACAUCUCCGUCAGCUGGACGUGAGCUGCAACGAGCUGCAGUGUUUACCUGCAGAACUGUGCCAGCUGGAGUGUCUCCGGGACUUAAACUUGAGGAGGAACCAGCUCACCACUUUGCCUGAAGAAAUCUCAGAGCUCCCACUAGUCCGCCUCGAUGUGUCCUGCAAUCGCAUCACCCAGGUGCCCUUGUGCUACCGCCACAUGCGGCACCUUCAGAGCAUCUUACUGGACAGCAACCCACUGCAGAUGCCCCCCGCACAGAUCUGCUCCAAGGGAAAGUACCACAUCUUCAAAUAUCUCAACAUGGAGGCCUGCAAGAGGAGCCAGGAGGAGCUGGAGAGACACCUUCGGCCCACCGCCUUCAACAGCUGUUUGUCAGAUCAAGAGCUGUUCACCAGUCAGUUUGGAGGCCUAGACUCUGGUUUUAACAGCGUUGAUAGUGGCAGCAAAAGAUGGUCUGGAAAUGAAUCAGCAGAUGACUUCUCAGAGCGUUCCCUCCGCAUGUCUGAGGUCAGCAGAGACCAGAGAAACCUGGAGGAGGAGAAGGAAGAAGAGGAAGAUGUCUCUCUUCUAGAAUCUAACAAAGUCAAUGGCCAAGCGGAAAAGAUGGACUUCAUUGACAGCAGCGUGACAGAGGAAGAGGAUGACGAGAUGAAGACGGACCCCCCUACUCCUCCUCCCGAGGUACAUCCACAGCGGCUGAGGGAGAGAGUGUCGCCAUCCCACAAUAAUGACUCCACAAUAUGCCGAGCCACUGUUCAAGUGGAGGUUGUCCUACCCUCGUCGCCCUCGCCACUGUCGCCCUCGCCACUGUCGCCCUCCAGCCCCACCAUGGAGGAGCGGCGCCGGCCAGGCACGCUGCUCAUCUGGCAGGAGCGAGAGCGACAACAGCAACAGCAGCAGGGAGAGAAGGCCAGUUUGCUGAAGGCACUGAACAAAACAGGAAGUCUUGUGGCCUAUGCGCCUCCGACAGGAAGUUGCUCAGAUGGUACAUUGCCAGUGAGCAGCGCAUCCCAUCGUGGCUCCCGACCGAGAUGUGCAAGCACUGAACACAUUGUGUGUUCUUCAUCGACAUUACUUAUCCAGCGCUCCAGGAGCAGGACAGAAGGACCAUCCUCCCCAAAGACGUCUCCUCCACCCGCUCAGAACCAGAAACCCAACAGCUUCCUGUUCCGCACGUCAUCUCGCAGCAACGUCAGACCUACAGGUUUGUCCUCAAGUGAGUCUCAUGCCACAGUUCGCUCGCCCAAAGAAGAGAGAGCGGAGGUCAUGCAGCUCCGCAAAACGCUCGAGACACGGCUGAAGAUCACCUUGCCGGAGGAUCUUGGGGAGGCGCUGUCCAACGGCACAGUCCUCUGCCAGCUGGUCAACAGCAUCCGAGCUCGCUCAGUGUCUAUCAUCCACAUUCCGUCACCUGCUGUGCCAAAACUGAGCUCAGCCAAGUGUCGACUCAACGUGGAACACUUUCUUGUUGCGUGUCGCAAGCUGGGCGUCCCCGAGAUGGACAUGUGUGUGUGCUCUGAUGUGCUUCUGUCUAAGCUGCCCAAUGUGCUGCAAUGUGUCAAGGCCUUGCUGGCCCUGCAGGAGGAGGGCCCAGCGGAUGACCGCCCCCUCAAGCACUCCCUGCCUUCGUCAUCCUCGCUGCUGUCCACAGAUUUCCUGCUCUUCUACUGUGUGGCCAUGGUGCUGCUCUACGCCCUCUACUGCUACCUGCUCACUUAGGCUACAUCUCAUAAUAAUAAUAAUAAUAACUAGAACAGCAGUGUGACAGUACCGCGUUGCUGUUAAAACAAAACACAAUGAAAGAAGGCACUACACUGGAACACAGCAGGUUAGCCUUGAAAUGCCUUAGCCUAGCCUAGCCUAGCCUAGCCUAGCCUAGCCUGCACAUUGUAAUGCAUGAAGUUCUUUGAUACAAUUCACUACGACACAUGUCAAUUACAUAUUUUUUGACCAUGCCAGAUAAAAAAAAAAAAAUCAUCUUAUUUUCCUUGAGUGUUUUAAAAUACCAUUGGCAUGUAGUACAGUGACAGGCAACAUUGAGGACAAUUUUUUUUUUGGGGUGGGGAGACAAGCACACCGUGUGCAUGCUUGUAUGCUGACCUGAAGCUGAACUGUGAAUGUCUACUUUAUUGUGAACAUUUUGACCCUUCUAAAACAGGUGUGUCCAAACUUUUUUUCCAUUGAGGGCCACAUACUGAAAAAAAUGGAUGUGGAAGGGCCAUUUUGAUGUUUAUAUAUAUUUUUUGAUUUAGUAAAAAAUGUUAAAAAAAAAAAAAAGUUUUAUAUAUUUAAAAACAAAGCUUUGCGUUACUAGUUGUAAGCAUCAACAAGUAGCGGGCAGUGCAUUUGGUACCUGGGCCUUCAGUGGGGACGUAACGACGACUUAAUCCACCUCUCAAUAUCACCACUAUCAUGUCGCAAUUAUACAAACCAUCAAUAACAUACAAAACUGCAAUAUAACAAGGCGUGGUAUUACAGAGAGGCGCAUUUCGUAUUCGAGUUGUACACCACUAUUACUAAGCACAAAACCCAGUUAACCCUUUAUCGUCAAAUACCAAUACACCCGAGUUACAUUUCUGCUCGUAACUUUGAGCAUUACCUACCACCAAUCACUGGUGGAAAACUGAAUGAAAAUUUGGGGAUCUGCCGAAUGUAACAAGCAUCAGACAACUCCAAACCUCUACACUACAACAUCAUCUGGAGCAGUUCAGAGUCAAUAUUUACUGUAUGAUAACAUGAGAGAAAACAAAAAAAACCUCACCGGUCUGGAAGUGGCAACAAACCCUUUACUGGGCUGAGACAAGCUAGCUAGCUUGGGGUUCGCCAACCUCUCCUUAUGAUGUACAGAUUUUAUGGAAAAGUCCACCUUGGAAAUGGAAUGAAUGAAAUCAAAUAUUUUUCCUGCUCCAUCAGCCAUUGUGAGUGUUAUAUUGUGCUAAUCACUACAGACUUGUCGAACUCUGAUUGCCCUGAUCAAACAAUCAGAACGGAAAAAUGUUGACACUACUGUGUGUCAUCAAGCUGGCCAAUGAGGCAAAUCUGAAGUGUGAUUGGUUAAAGAAACAGCCACAAAGCACAAACAUGUACUGAAAGCAGUGCAGCCAAGAGACAUGUUACUAAAAAAGAUUAAUAGUGGGAAUGAAUUAACACAACUUCACAGAACAAAUACUAGAUUUUUAAGUUGUAAAUGUAGGUCAAUGGCCAAUAGAGACUUAACAUUGUGCCUUUUUUUUGGUUUAAUUUUAUUUCUACAAUGUGCCGUGGGGCACACUUUGGACACCCCUGUUGUAGAACAUUUAACACAACGAGACCUAGUGCCUCUUCAUAGAUGCACCACUUUGACCCUGCUAUGCCCGCUGUGAACAGCAGAGGGCAGGGUUGCUGCAUCAAAGGCCCAAAAGGCUUAGGAAAAAAAUCCUUUUUUUUGUUUGUUGUCCAAGCUAGGAAGGUACAAACCACGCACGUGUACAUACAUACAUAUAUAUGUUUGUUUUUUAGGGUUAUCAGAUGACUUUGUAUAAAUGUAAACAGGUGAUUAAAUUAUCAUUUUUUAAUUUAUUAAGAGUGUGGUUUCGUUAAGAGGGCUUCACUACAUUUAAAAGUCAAUGAGGUUGAAGCUUUUUGAAAUCCAUCUGGACUCCAACAGGGAAUUAAUAUCUAAUAUUCAGGCUUAAAAUAACAGAUUUUUUUUUCAACAUUUUUUUUUUUCCAGCAAUUGCAUGAGUUCAAAAAAUGAUCGAUUCCCCAGAGGACUGUUACUUGACACUCUAGUCUGCCUUAUUGCACAUAAACAAGUAUAUAAUAAACUCUUCAUAGAAACGUUAAUAGUGUUUGUGGAUGGAAUUCUAGAAGCCGUGACAGAAGUGAAGCAUUCUGUAAGAUGAUUUCCUGCAUUUGUCAAGUUGGCUGCUGUUUUUCUACUGUUUGUAUUUCUGUCUUUUUUUUGUAUUUCUAUCGGCCUGCUAUUUGCGUAACUCUACUGUUUGAAUACAAAUGUUUAUUUUAUGAAAAUCAAGCCUAUCGCUGGUUUCAACUGAGCAGAAAUACAGUACAAUACAGUGAUCUUUUAUAUUUUAUACUUGACGCCCUGGUUUUUUUCAAGUUAAUAUAUAGUUGUUUGCCUCUUCUCCCCUCCCGUUGUAAAGAAUUUAUUAAAGGCAACUUUGACUUUGCCGUUUCCUCACCUGUCUGCUUGCAUGCUUUAUUUGGCCUCGUGAAAUCAUCACGUCCAAUGACUCAAUUAAACAUUAAGCCUGGUAACACAA